AUGGAUCCCAACCAACAGCCGUCCUGGCCUGGCGGCGACGCCCCGGACAAGGAGAAGAUGGACCAGAUCCGGGCACGGCGCCUGGCAAAGCUGGGGUCGUCGGCACCCAAGCAGAGCGAGGGCAACGACUCGGAUAGCGCCUCUGCGCCCCCCUCGACGGCGCCAACUCCGAAACCGCAGAGCAGCGACGCCUCGACCCCGAAAGCUCACAUCAACAUCACUCCCGCCUCCAACCCCUUCACCCAGCUCGGCGUCCAUGCCAUGGAGCCUCAAGGCACGUCCGGCUCUACAGCGACGCCUCCCGCGCGCAGGCCGAACCCCAAGCAAGCCGAGCCCGACGACGACUACGCACACAGGCUCUUGACGCAGAUCUUCCGUGUCACCGUGGAUCCUCAUCAUCUCUCCAUCACUCAGGCCCAGAGGCUCGUCUUCCUGCCCAACCUGAACCAGGAGCUCAAUGACGCCGGCGAACCUCUCAAGAUCUCCACCGCCAACCUAGACCAGGCCAUCAUAGAGGCCUGCGGCAACUGGCCGCUGGACAAGCCCCUCAUGGACUAUCUGCUCCCUUGCUGGAAGCGGGCUGUCAGGGCUGCCAGCACCGCCAAGAACGCCACCGGCGCCCGCCUGGACGUAUAUGAAGAGGCCAAGCGUCUGUGCAUGAGCAACUGCCUCUUCUCCCUGACGAUGCCAGUGCUUUACGGCCGAGAUGUCAACCCCGACCAUGACACCCUUGUUCCAUACCUGCUGCGCGGCAUCUCGGACGAAGGCGGGCUCGACUUGGACUUUAUCCGGCUAGCAAUCGGCCGUUUUGACGACGACGACGCCUUCCCUGCGCUCUUCGACAACGCCAUGGUCGACGUCAGCAAUAGACUUUCCAAGUUGUCUCUCGGAGACGACUACAAGCCUCACGUUCAGGCUCUCUUGGCAUACACACACUUUCCUGUCCUCAUCUCUAACCUCGCGCAACACCCGUGCUUUAACAUGGCUCAGUCGGCGCCCGGCAUCGAAAAAUUCACCGUGCUCGGUCCCUUCUUUCGGAUAUCUCCUCUGCAACCAGAGGCCAUCAAGAGCUAUUUCCCGGGCCCACGAUCUCUCGACAAGACACGAAUCGAAAACGCCCAGGACUCGCUACGGAUUGUGCUCAGGGCUCACCAGGACGACCUCUUUGUCAUUGCAAAUGCUUUCAUACGAGCGGGCCCUGACACGAGAAGCCGCACGCUCAACUGGUUUGCCUACAUCAUGAACAUGAACCACAAGCGGAGAGCAAUCCAGGUGGACCCGAGGGAGGUGGCCUCAGAUGGGUUCAUGCUCAACGUCACCAGCGUCAUGGACCGGUUUUGCGAGCCUUUUAUGGAUAACGACUUUAGCAAGGUGGACAAGAUCGACGUCAAGUACUUCAGGAGGCAGCCUCGGGUCGACAUCAAGGACGAGACCAAGCUCAACGCCGACCAGGCGACGGCCGACAAGUUCUACGCGGAAAAGGAGUCGGGCGAAUCCAACUUCAUCUCCGAGGCCUUUUUUCUCGCGCUGGCGGCGCAUCACUAUGGCAGCGAGGCUCUGAACUCGCAGCUCAAGAACCUGGAACGGGAAAUUCGGUACCUGCAGAAAAGCAUACAGGCCAUGGAGGCGGAGCGGCCCAAGGUUGCCAACACGCCGCAUCAACUGAGGUUGUUCGAGGAAACCCUGAAACGACACACCAAUGUGCUGGAGAAGACGAUUGCGCUAAAGUAUGCGAUUGAGGGCGCCCUCCUCGACGAGAGGAUGCAGAGCACCUCGCUCAGGUUCAUGCGCUAUGUCGCGGUAUGGUUGCUCCGGCUCGUCACGGAAUCGGACUACAAGCCUGGCAGAGAAUUGCAGAUGGUCAAGUUGCCACUCUCCAUGAAGAACCAGGAUGCGUUUGCUUGUCUUCCCGAGUACACGCUGCAGAACAUUGUUGACAACUUCAAGUUCAUCUUCAGAUGGCUGCCCAAGAUUCUGCCGAGUGCCGUGGGCGAAGAGAUGAUUGCACUCUGCAUCACCUUUCUCCGCUCGUCAGAGUACAUCAAAAACCCCUACCUGAAAUCCUCACUCGUGUCUCUCCUCUUUUCUAGCACAUGGCCGUUUAUGCACUUCAAGAGAGGCGUGCUGGGGGAUCAGCUCGUCUCUCUCCCGUUUGCCAAUGAAUUUCUUCUCCACGCCCUGAUGAAGUUCUACAUCGAGUGCGAGUCGACGGGCGCCAACACGGCUUUCUACGACAAGUUUAACAUUCGCUUCGAGAUCUUCCAGGUUAUCAAAUGCGUAUGGGGCAACGACGUGUACAAGCAGCAGCUGACCAAUGAGAGCACAGCCAACCGCAGCUUCUUCGUACAAUUUGUCAACAUGCUGCUCAACGACGCAACCUACGUCCUGGACGAAGCGUUUACCAAGUUUCCCAAGAUGCGUAUCCUGGAGAGAGAGCUGGAGGACCCCUCCUUGUCUGCCGAGGACAAGCAGAAAAAGGAAGAGGAGCUGCAAACCCUAGGCAACCAGGCAACGUCGUACAUGCAACUCGCCAACGAGACGCUGGCGAUGAUGAAGCUAUUUACGCAGGCGCUGAGCGAGUCCUUUACCAUGCCAGAGAUUGUGUCCCGCCUGGCGAGCAUGCUCAACUACAACCUGGAGACGCUGGCGGGAAAGAAGGCGGCGGCCGAGCUGAGCGUCUCGAACAAGGACAAGUAUCACUUCCGCCCGAUCCAGCUGAUCUCGGACUUUGUCGACAUUUACCUGCAUCUCGGGUACUCGCCCAUUUUUGUGGAUGCGGUGGCUGCCGACGGCCGCUCGUACAAGCCCGAGGUGCUGGAUCGGGUGACACGGAUUUUGAACUCAAAGCAGCACAAGGACGCGAGCGAGAUUGGAAAGUGGGAGAGGAUAAAGCUCAAAUUUCUCGAGGCGAAGCAACGACUCGACCAAGCCGAGAUUGACCUGGGGGAUAUUCCACCCGAAUUCGAGGAUCCUAUCAUGGGCGAGCUGAUGAAGGAUCCCGUCCUACUCCCCAGCAAUCACAUUGUCGACCGGUCGACGAUUAUGCAGCACCUGCUCAGCGAUCCCAAGGACCCUUUUACUCGCCAGCCCAUGACUGUUGACGACGCGAUCCCGCAGACGGAGCUCAAGGGGAGGAUCGAGAAAUGGCGCGAGGAAAAGGUUGCGGCGGCCAAGGCUCGGCUCGCCCAGGACGCCAUGGACACGUCAGAGGGUUGA